AUGCAGCUCCCUCCAGUGUCGGUUAUUGCCUCCUGGCCUAAACCCAAUUAUGACAAUCCACCAGAGGUUCAUGGCCCUGCCAUCAUAAUCAUGACAGCAAUUUUCAUGCCCCUGAUGCUGGCCAUCAUCGGCAUCCGUAUAUUCACACGCAUCCGAAUAUUGAGAAGUUUUGGAUGGGAUGAUAUAUUCAUCAUUGCCGCUGCUCUUCCCACUCUCGGCUGUGGGAUCAUCACCACCACUGCAGCCAUCACCUUGGGCUGGAAUCGCCAUAUUUACGACGUUCAGGAGUCAGGGUGUACAUACAAACUCCUUUUCAAUGGAAUCCUUUUUAAACCCAAUCAAACCCAAUCAAACCCGCUGCUGGUGUAUAAUGCUGCACAGAGUAAUAAGCUUCUGAGCCGCUGCCUGCAACGGCUCUUCAGGGGCUUCCUCAGCCGACGCAGCGCGCAAAAACCGACCUUCGCUGAAGCAGAGAAAGGCGAAAAAGAGAACGCCGAGGGCGAAUUGUCGAGAUGCGACAUCCAGCAGUUCAUGUUCAUGUUCAUCCGUCUUGCCACCGACUCCGUAACGCCGGAGGACCUUAGCUGGCUGGGCCCGAUGAGCGACCAGCGACUCAGGCCAGCAUACGAGAACCAACCAGCCGGCAAGGCCAGCUCUCCAGCGUGGCUCCCAUCCCCACCGAUCCCAGAUCUGAAACUGCCAGCGCGAAGAAGGCAGAAGGCCCAACCACCACUGCACUGCCCGGCAUCUGGGCUGGCAAUUGAGGCAGAUCAGCCACACCGGAGAAGAGCGUGA